ACAGUGCUGCCCAUAAUCAUACGGAUUCAUUAUAAAGUGAAUACAGCAAAUUAUUUUCCGUCAACUUUAAACCCAAAAAUAAGUAGUUUAUUGUGAAAUAGAAGCUUAACGCAAGUGAGAAAUUGUAGGCAAAUCCAGUGGCAACCGAACGCAGCCAAUUCACAUUGCAGUUCAGCACAUUGACAUAAUAAAAGCCAUGCAAAAAAAGACGCAUGUUCAUUUCGUAGCCAUUCUAUUGCGAACAAAACCAGAUGAUAACUGAGCGAGAGAACGAGAGCGUGUGUGUGAGCGAGUGUGAGUGUGACUCUGUGUGUGAGUGAGGUGGUGAAGCGGAGAGGGGGAGAGAGGGAGACGCGAGUAGAGAAACCGAAACCCGAAGCGACUCCGAGUCCAUUUAAUUCCAGUUCCAGGAGAACUAUCAAUACUUGCACAAAUAACUACUAAUCAUGGCCGAGUCGCUGCUGAUUGAGGAGGCGCCUUCGUUUGGGGAGGACAUCGCCUCCUCCGUGAUUGUGGAACCGUCAGCAGCUGACGCCGUCGGCGUCACACUGCCAGCUGCGGCCAUUCAGUUCGCGGAUCUCACAGAGAGCGGCAGCGAGAGCGGCGACGAGCCCAACGAGGAGGAGCAGCCACACCAGCAGCGGGAUCGGGAUCAGCAACCGCAGCAUCCUCAGCAGCAGGAGACGAGCUCCUCCGGCGCUGGACACAACACGCCCGCUGCCCGCUCCUCGCCACCUCCCAACUGUGCCAUCUGUCUGUCCCGCUGCAGGCGCAAGUGCUUCACGGACUCGUGCAUGCAUCAGUUCUGCUUCAAGUGUCUCUGCGAGUGGAGCAAGAUCAAGCCGGAGUGUCCACUCUGCAAGCAGCCCUUCAAGACGAUCAUACACAAUGUCCGCACCCUGGACGACUAUGAUCGAUAUCCGGUGCAGUCCAGCUCAUCGGCGCACGCGGCGGAGCUCAGCUUUCACAUUGUCAAUAUUCGGCGACAGCGUCUGAAUCUCCAAAAUCGAUUGACCAACAACGAUGGCAACGACAUCGAUGCCGCUGCCUCCGAUGACUCCCAGGAUGGCACCUCCAAUACGACUCCAACGCGAUCUCAGGCUCCCUACACUCGCUUCGAGCCGUAUCGCAUGGAACUCCUGAACUUCUAUCGACAUGACCCGGAUGCUGGUGGCUCCGGAUCCCUGAGCAUGCUCUGGCGUCGCUACGUCUACGACCGGAAGCUGUAUGCAUUGCCAGUCAGCGAUAGUCUAACGGGACACUUUCGGGAGUGGAGCGCACGAUUCUACAGAGAUAAUCCCGCACAGAUGCAUCGACUGAUGCCAUGGAUCAACCGUGACAUCGUCUGCCUGCUGCGCACCUCUCCGCAGAAUGUGAGCACGGUGAUGCACAUGAUGCACGAUAUUCUGCCCAUGAUCAAUAUACCGACCCGCACAUUCCGGCGCCGCCUGUCGCCGUUUCUGGGCGAGCGCACCAAUCACUUCAUCCACGAGUUGUUCAACUUCGCCCGCUCCCCGUACGAUAUGAUUGGCUAUGAUCGUGUCGUGCAGUACUCGGCGCUAGUGGCCGAGGAGGUGGAGGUGGACCUGCUGGAUCUGAUGCCCGACUCGAGUCCACUGCGGGAUGCGGAGGCCAUUUCAAUAGCCAGAAACAAUGCCAAUGGCGAAUCAAAUGAAAAUGGCAAUGGGAAUGGCAAUGUUGAUCCGGGGAACGAAUGGAGCCGCAUGCCACGCCCAUCGACCAGUGUGAUUGUGACGAAUCCCAGUGCAACACAUUCCUUUAGCGUCACCAUGGCCACCGAUGGCAGUGAACUGCCGGGAAUCUCCAUCCGCCGCACAACCACAUCCAAUGUGGGCUCCCAAACGGUGGCCAUCAAUCUGAGCAUGCGUCGACCCGCCAACGAGGUCAUCGAGAUCGAUGACGGCGAUGCAGCCGCCAAUGCCGAAGUGGCCGCCAUCAAUGACGGCGGCAAUCAAACCGGACGACGUCAAGCCGGCGCCAGUCUUCCCAUCAGCGCCCACAUUGAGCUCCAGAGCAGCGACUGCAGCAACAGCAGCGACGACGACGAUGAAUGUGUCUUUGUCCUGGAGCGUAAGCCACCACAUUUGCGUACGCCGGAGCUGGUCAGUCUGGACUCGAACAGUGACUCUGAUGUGGUCUUUGUGGAUGAACAGAAGCCAAGCACGCCGCCCAAAGCGGCGGACAUAGACAGCGUCGGCAUGGAGCAGGAAAUGGAAUCAGCCGUCUCUCCAUUGGCCAACGAGCUGUUCAUGGGACCCAGCACCAGCACGGGCGUGUGCUCCACGUCCGGCAAGAACUGGAAAAUGGUGCUGGAGGAGGCGCGUCGUCAGGACCUGAUGCGUCUGCGAAGCGGUCGUCCCAAACGCAAUCUGACACGCGCCCAGCAUCGGGCUCUGCCCACAGCACCCAGGAGCAACAGCACCAGCGAUGUCACACACAUGACCACCUCCAGCGAGAGCAGCAGCAACAGUGAAGACUCCAAAGUGGUUGCCACACGCAAAAAGAGGCGGGCAGCACGCAAAGUCACAGCCAGAAAGCGUGUAUCCAAAGUCAAAGCUCCCAUUCAGCUCAAGAGCAAGCGCAGAAGAAAACAGAUGUCGGAAGUGGAGGUGGAGGUGGAGCUGGAGGAGGAUGAGGAGGAGCCGCAGGAGGAGCACAAGGAAAGUAGCAGCAAUAGCAGCAAUACCAGCAGUUCUAGCAGUGAUGACAGCAGCGAGGAGGGAGUUGCCGGCGACAGCAGUAACAACAAUGUAAAUGAUAACAGCAGCAGCAGUUCCAGCGACGAGGACAGCACAGAGAACCUAAUCCUGAGCACCUUGAGGGACACGCUAAAAGCGGAGUCUGUGGAGGAAAGAAAACCGCUCAAGCGAGAACUGGAUGCAGUUGCAGAAGGCGGUGAAGAGACGCUGCAGCAGCAACCACAAAACGAGGAGGAUGAGGAGCAGGAGGAGUGCAGUGCAUCAAAGCGAAGACGGAGCUGCAACAGCAGCAGUAAUCUAUCGAGUCACAGUCACAGUCGGAGCAACAGCGUCAACAGCACUCUGGCCAGCCACAACACAACCAUGUCCAGUUGCUCAGCUCUGAGCCUCUUCAACAGCAACAGGGAUGGAAGUGUGCCGACGACUCGACCGCUCUCAAUGGUUCAUGCCAUUGCCAACUCCCUGCUGGAGCUCUCAACACUAAGUGUGGGAGGUGGUGGCAGUGGCUUGUUCAAUGAGCAGUCCCAGGGCAUUGAGGAUGCGAUUAGCUAUCUGCGCAAUUCGCACACACACGCCCAUGACGAUGAUGCACAGCUGGGCAUCUACUCGGAUGCCAGCAAUGAGCUGCAGCAUUACCAAACAGAGGCCGAGCCAGAGAUGCCAAUCGAUGUCGUCGGAGAGGCUAAUAGCAGUGCCCAAGGGGAGUCUGUGGAUGCCACCGAGGACAAUGACAACGAUAACGAUAACGAUGAGAUUGAGAUUGAGAACCAGCAAGAUGAGCUGGAAGAAGAGCAAGACGAACAAGAGCAGGAGGAGGAAAAUGAAGAGGACUACGACGAUGAGGAUAAUGAUAAUAAUGAUGAUGACAAUGAUGCAGAGGAGGAGGAUGAUGCUGCUGCUGCAGCUGCGACAGCUGAUUCAGAUGCAACAGAAUCCGAUCUGGAUCUGGAUGCCUACUAAGGACGCCUUGCCGCUUGCUUAAGCAUAAACUGUUUUUACACAGACACAGUUGAUUUUUUUUUAUUUCGAUGUUUUUACUAUUUGUAUAACGUCUUCUUACCAUUGGUCCCUUCCCCGGAACCUAGAGAUGGAGUGAUGGAGGGUUAAGAUCUUCUCGUUGAUUACUAAAAACCCUCUCCAUUUAGCUUGUAAUCGAUACUGUAAUCAGUUAAAUUUAAUAUACACGCAAAAAUAAGGAUAUUCUUUUAAGUUGUACAUACGCAUAUAUAGGACUUAUAUUCAUAGAGAUUUACAUUCAUACAGAUAGAGCUAUAUACCUAACUAAGUACGCGUAGUUUACACAUCACUUGUAUUACACGUAUUAUACCCACAACCCACCAUCUCCCCAAAAAAAAGAAACCCCAAAAAACGAUAUGCUCGCAUUCGUAAAAUCAUUUGUAAAUUGUACUAUGGUAACUAGAAAUAUAUAUUGGAUAAUCAACAGAUAUACAUAAAUGUAUAUGUAUAUGAAUAACGUAAUCUAUUGUAAGGCUAGUAUAUACAAAUCUAAAUAAUAUUUCGGUUGCGAGCAUAUUCAAAGGUCACAUUUUUUUUUUGCGUAAACAAUUUAUCCUGUUAAUAACUAAUUAAGUUAUUCAAUAAUGCUAUAAAUGUAAAGACGUCAACUGAACUCACGAGUUUAUUUGAUCUAACAAAUUUGUAUAUACAUAUAUAUAUAUUCAAAUGUCGAAUCCACUUCAGAGAACAUAUUUUAAGAAAUGAAAAACAUACGUUUCCUUUCUAUACUUAAAAGUUCCCAAGUCAAUAAAAAGAAUUACUACUGUGGAUUGUCUAAUGACGCCUUUCGUGUA